AUGACCGGCCUCAAGCGCUCCCUGGAGGACUCCUCUAUUGACGGCGACGGCACCUCGCCCACCGACCUGCUCCUCGGGAAGCCCUCGUCGCCCGCGGCCUCUGCCGCCUCCAGCGCGUCAGCGUCCUCGUUCCGCAAUGUCUCCGCGUGCAAUCGCUGCCGGCUGCGGAAGAACCGCUGCGACCAGAACCUGCCCGCCUGUGCCUCUUGCGAGAAGGCCAAUGUGCGAUGUGUGGGCUACGACCCCAUAACGAAGCGCGAGAUCCCUCGAAGCUAUGUCUACUACCUCGAGACCCGCGUGUCCUACCUCGAAUCGCUGCUGCAGGACAACUCGAUUGCCUUUGCCCCGCCCGAGCAUUUCGAGCCGAGCUAUCCGUCUGGGAACGGCCUCCCCUUGAACAAACCGCCGCCGUCCGCCGGUGGUGACGGCCACCGCAAUGGAGGGGCCAAGAAAUCAGAGAGCGCCAUAAAGGAGGAGAACGAGAAAUAUGAUCGAGAAAAGCUUACUAAGCUAGUAUCAAACAUCGGCAUGGUGUCGGUCCAGGGCGCCAGUGACCCCAGAUAUCUAGGGUCGACGUCGGGCAUCUCGUUUGCGCGCGUCGUCUUUGCGGCGGUGAAGAGCUCUGUCUCGGGCGCCUCAUCUGAGCGCGGAAGCAUCCGGGGAGCCAAAACGAUCCCCGGAAAUGUCGCCGAUGGGGGCACGUCCAUGAGAGACUCAUUUUUCGGCCUCCACACCAAGCCGACUAUUCGCCAAGCACCAUUUCCUGACCACGAGCUAGGUCUAAAGCUCGUGGAGCUCUACUUUGAGCAUGCAAACCCUCAAAUCCCUAUUCUGCACCGCGGAGAAUUCAUGGAGAUGUUUGAGAGGACCUACACCGCCGAAGGGCGGCAUAGAACGUCACGGGAAUCAUAUAUGUUUAAUAUUGUAUUUGCAAUUGGUGCCGGCAUUAUCAUGGGCAGCUCUGAUCCCCAAGAAUCUCCUACCUCCGACCACUCCAACGCACCAACCUUCUCUCCGCCAAGCCAUAAGAAGCGCAAGCUUGCAAGCCAGCAGCACCAGCCCGAAGAGUACCAUGCGUCAGCCAUAGUGCACCUCGAAACUUUCCUUGGGUCUUCACCGGCAGCAGACCGACCCGAUGGAUUCGGAGGCGGUCUCGAAGAGUUGCAAGCUGUUCUGUUGCUAGCUGGAUUUGCUCUACUGCGACCAGUGGCACCCGGUUUGUGGUACAUCGUUGGAGUUGCGGUUCGGCUAGGAGUAGAUCUAGGAUUACAUUAUGAAGACGGUGUAGGCAUUGACGGCUCCAAUGGAGACGAGCAUCCUUUCGGGAAGGUUGAAGAGAAUCCGGAAAGUACAGCGGGUGCUGGCAACGGCAUCAAGAUUGACGCAAAAGAGAGGGGUCGUCGGCAAUGGGUGCGAGACCUCCGCAGACGACUGUGGUGGUGUGUCUACUCAUUUGACCGACUUGUCAGUACGUGUGUUGGCAGGCCUUUUGGAAUCACGGAUCAGGUCGUCACCACAGAAUUCCCUUCCAUGCUGGACGAUAAGUACAUCACUAAAGAGGGUUUCCUGAGCCCUCCUCGAGGCGCUGAACCGAGCUACAAGGUGGUAGCUCAACACUACUUCAGACUACGGCUGUUGCAGUCCGAAAUCCUACAAGUGCUACAACACCGGCAAGCUCAGCAAGCAAGAGAUAGUGGAGCAAACCAAGGAAAUGACUUUAUGCAUACGAAGCUACCCUCGCCGUUUUUGGCGAGAUUCGACUCUUUUAGAUCUUGGCGCAUUGACAUCGAUCGCCGAUUAUGGGAGUGGAAGGAAUCUGCACCGAAUCAGAUGGAGACGGGAGUGCAGUUCUCGCCGUUAUUCCUCGAACUCAAUUAUUGGCAAGCCAUCAUCAUGUUGUAUCGCCAGAGCCUAUCCGUCCCUCCGGUAUUGGCCGGUGAGCUAGGCGCAACUAACGGAGACAUCGCAAGUCCUUCGGUCUUGAACAUCGAAGAACGGGAGGAUGAAGAACGAGUCUUCCUCAAGGUUGCAGAAGCUGGACAGAAGGUGCUUAAGUUGUAUCGGCAGCUUCAUCGAGUACAUCUCGUGAACUACACAUUCCUUGCAACACAUCACCUGUUCAUGGCUGGGAUAUCGUUCUUAUAUGCCGUCUGGCACUCGCCAGUAGUACGAAGUCAUCUAUCACUGGACGACGUCGACUUUACAGUCCUGGCAGCAACAUCCGUCCUCGGAGAUCUCAUUGAGAAAUGCCCACCCGCCGAAGCCUGCAGGGACGCCUUUGACCGCAUGAGCAAAGCCACGAUCCAAAUGUGCAUGUCGACUACCGGCUUCGGGCCUCAGGCCCUGGGAACCGCCUCUCAAGCCAACAUGUCCAACUUCCAAUCCCCAAGCACCUACAACUCCGACCAAGACGCACGCUCGGACACCGAGCUCUCAACCGGCUACCAGCACAGCUAUUUCCAGAGCAGCCGACGCCCAACCCCCCGCUUUGACAUGAACCUCCGCGACCUCUUCAGCGACGACGAAACCGACGCCCGCUCCUUCAGCCGCAUCAGCAGCCAGCUCAGCAGCAUGCGGCCUCCGCCACCUCCCCAACCUACCUCCCACGCCAUCAAGCAGGAAAAUCUACAGCAGCAGCAAUUCAACAAACAAGACCCUCGGAACAUUUCCCCUCAACUACGCCACCAGCACGCCUUCGCCCUCGACCCGGCCCUCCGGCCCCCUAUCUCGACAAUGUCCUCCGCCGAAUCCGACGCCAUUGCCACUACUUCCCCACCGACACAACAAGGCCAGAACCCGAAUAUCUCGCCGUACGCUCUCAGUAACCAGAUGCCGUACAGUAAUUUCGCGCAAAAUAUCUCCUCGGCUUAUCCUGACCUCGGUUCGUUCUCAGAGCUUGACUUCCUGGACUCGUUCCCUGUCCAGGGCGCGGCUGUAAACGGGGGUGAGGCAGGAGGUGGAGCAGGAGGGCUCGCAGACCUCGGGUUUGGAAUGGGCUUCGACGGGAAUCACGAUUGGAGCGAUGGAAGUGGGUUUGACUUGUUCGAUGGGUUUUUCUUUGGGGGUGGGCAAGGGACUGGGGGUGCUGGGAUGUAA